AUGCCUAUAAAGAAAAAUAAUAAAAAACCACCUAACGGUGAGGAGAACGCAAGCGAGGUCAGCUCGCUUGCAAAUAUGAACGAGGUGCUAGAUGCAUCAUGUGCACGUGCCUCAAGCAGGAAGGAGUCGGACUCUGAGUCCGACUCAACAUCGCAGUCUGGCACAAGCAUAGCGCUGCGCCAGAAAAAGGCCCGAGGGACAUUCAAACGCCCCAGGCUGGAGGACGGGCGAGGGCCCUCCUCCAAUGAACAGGAGGCUCCGGCCCCCAAAAUCCCCACGGCGGCGCGGGGUAGGGGCAAGGGGAAGGGCUCCACGAGGGCGGCUGGGAGCCGCUCUGAGCCGGCAGAGCGGCUGGCAGCGGAGGGGAGCGCCCUGGGAAAGGCUGCCCCCUCGGACUCCUCGGAGAUGGAGGUGUCCGGAGGCCCGAGCGUACGGCGCGUAGCGUUCCGCGCGCGCCUCAAAGAGCCAAUAGACCACCACAGACGGGGCCCUAAAGGGCUGAUGUUCAGCCGGGGUUGCGGGGUAAGCGCAAUGAGGUACCGCGACCUCGGCACAGAGCAGGAGAAGGAACAGGGGGGUUUUUAGUGGAAAAACACACGCUCGCCAAUAACUAUGCAGCUGUCCCGAAGAUUGCACACUUCACCAGUUCUGAGCGGCGAAGAAAUUGUAUCGGCACCCACUUUCCCUGAUUCCGUCAGUAGUGGAGAUGUAAAAUUUAACAAGAAGGAAGGUGAUGCUGUUGCAAUGGAUGAAGUGAUCAUGGAAAUUGAAACGGACAAGACUGCGCUGCCGGUCAUGUGCCCCGGACAUGGCGUCCUAACAAAAUUCUUCGUUAAACAAGGCCAAGCUGUCAAGUCUGGACAAAAACUGUUUUCGGUUAAUGUGACUGGUGUGGCUCCGGCGAAGGCCGCAGCGCCCGCAGCAGCGCCUGCAGCACCGGCACCAGCGGCUGCAGCCCCCGCCGCCGCGGCCCGCCCCGCAGCAGCAGCUCCUCGCGCCACGGCUCCUCCUGCCGUCGUCAAAAGCAAAGCAGCAAAAGCAAAACCUCCAGCUUUAGGGGCUUUGAGGAUUGCUGACCCUACGAAAGCAAUAUCGGGCACUCGCACCGAGCACCCGGUGCCUAUGAAUAAAAUGCGCAAACGCAUAGCCGAGCGACUGAAAAACGCGCAGAAUACGACCGCCAUGUUAACUACUUUCAAUGAAUGCGAUAUGAGCAAACUAAUGGCGUUUCGCAAGGAACAUUUGAAAACGUUUACACAGAAGUAUGGAGUGAAGCUUUCAUUCAUGUCUCCGUUUAUAAAGGCUGCAGCCAAUGCCCUUAUGGACCAGCCUGUCGUUAAUGCUGUCAUCGUCGACGAGGACAUUGUUUACCGAGACUAUGUGGACAUCUCAGUCGCCGUGGCAACACCUCGCGGUUUGGUCGUGCCCAUCUUACGCAACGUAGACUCCAUGGACUAUCCUAAAAUCGAGCUCGCUGUAAACGAGCUAGCAAAAAAAGCUAGGGAUGGUCAACUCUCUCCUGCCGACAUGCAAGGUGGUACCUUCACGCUGAGCAAUGGUGGAGUAUUUGGAUCGCUGCUCUCAAUGCCAAUAAUCAAUCUGCCGCAGUCCGCCAUAUUAGGCAUGCACGCGAUCAUACAACGACCAGUCGCAGUUUCCGGAAAGAAGACCCGCCGGCCCCCGCGGUCGCUCGCCAACCGAUCGCAAAGCGCGCGGGUGCCACCCGCCGAGGCUGCGGGUAACCGCGGCUUGCGCGAUUCUACUAGUUGCCCGCCGGUACAGCGGGAGCCGCAUACAACCGCGUACACCGCGGGCGUAAAACGCGUCGUGAAAUGUGCUUAA